UACUACAUAUAUAAUCUCUACGCCGCUAGGGUUCUUUUGCUCAGUCCGCGAAGAAGAGAAAAAUGCCGGCGGGACACGGGUUGCGGUCGAGAACCAGAGAUCUCUUUGCCCGCGGCUUCAGGAAGAAGGGGACGAUCCCGCUCUCCACCUACCUCCGGACAUUCCAUAUCGGCGACUAUGUGGACGUCAAGGUUAACGGCGCCGUCCACAAAGGCAUGCCUCACAAGUUCUACCAUGGCCGCACCGGUCGCGUCUGGAACGUCACCAAGCGCGCCAUCGGCGUUGAGAUCAACAAACAGGUCGGCAACAGGAUCAUCAGGAAGAGGAUUCAUGCACGGAUUGAGCACGUUCAACCUUCACGGUGCAGGGAAGAGUUUAAGCUGAGGGUAAAGAAAAAUGAUCAGCUCAAGGCUGAGGCUAAGGCGAGAGGCGAGGUGAUUAGUACUAAGAGGCAGCCACAAGGUCCUAAGCCCGGUUUUAUGGUGGAAGGUGCUACUCUUGAGACUGUUACGCCCAUUCCUUAUGAUGUGGUUAACGAUCUCAAGGGCGGGUACUGAUUUCUUUGUUCACUCAGUAUGGUUCUGUUGUUCCAUGAUCGGUUAAUUAGACUUUUAAUGUUGUUUUCUUGUCAAAGAUUCCCAUCUUCAAGUUUUUGUGCCUUGCACUUCUAUAUGUAGUGGAACUUGUGUUGAAUUAAUGGAGGCUUGCUCCAAUUUAUCGACUUUGCUGUUUUGUUUUGAAGAAAUUGCAUAUCGUUUGUUCAUCUCUUUUUCCAUCAUUCUUAAUAUUUUUUACCAUCCAACUUAGCAUCAAAUUUUAUUCUUUCUAUUACAUGGUGAAUAAAUCAUUUGAUAAAACAAUUUUGUUCUACAUUAACUUCAUAAGAAAUCAUCCAAUAUAGCACCAUUAAGAAAUACAAAACACAUAU